AAUGUUCUACCUCACGUUGCUUGUUUGACACAGUGAAGAGCUGGAAAAGUAUUGACUAUUGACUUCCUGUCGUCUGUAACCAAACUCCAAGAACAGACUCCUCCCUCCUGGAGUUGUCCUGGGAAACACUAACAACUGCUGGAAAGCCGUCCCUGUUCGCCAGUGGAGGACACACACGGGGAGGAAAAGUUACACCGCGGUUCUUCUGAUUCCUGUUGCUAACCCAGGACGUUUCUGUCCCAGCUCCGAAGUCUUGACUGCGGGGGCCUGUGCUGGGAGGAUUAUUAUGCGUUUAAAGGCUGCGCCCUCUUCACACUGACUGAGCUUCAGCUGCCUGAGUGUCCAGGGACAUGAAACUCAAUCCACAGCAAGCUCCUUUGUAUCAGGGUCGAUGUGUUGUCACAGUGCAGCUUUCCGACGAAGAGCUGGCUGCAGAUGAUCGGGGAGUGGACUACUUCCUGCUGUUCGCCGGCAGCACGCAGAGACAUCUAACCAGCACCCUGAGGAGCAGCCAUGACACCUUACAGGCGUUAUGUCCCGCUCACGACUGCUGUGAGGUGGUGUUGGUCACCUUGUGUUCAGCCACCCAGACUCCCUCCAGGGACCCUGAGAACCCAGCAUCCUGCCUGGGGACCGUGGCUCCAUUGGCCGAGCAUCGAUUCAGCUUUGUCCAGGAUUUAGCUUUUGACAUGGCCCAGUUCUUGGUGAGCACAGCGGGCCGGGCCGACGGCCUCGACGGGGCCCUCCUCCUGGAUGAGUGUCAGAUUCCAGUGCAAGAGUGUGAGCGCCUGGAUGAGAACCUGGCACUGGCCCUCCACCACCUUGUGUUGCCUCCAGAAUGGAGUCUGCUGGGGAGCAAACAGACCAGCAGCACCGACUUGGGCCCUCACGAGACUCUGCUGCAUUUCUCGGCGCGGCGUGGCCUUUCUCGGGUGACCCGCUUUCUGCUGCGGCAACCCGGAGCCAGGGAAGCGCUUCAGUUGGUCAACAAAGAAGGUCACACCCCGGCUGCCGUGGCGACACAGCGAGGACACGAGCGUCUCUGUGAGCUCCUUACAAAGGCCGAGACGGAGGCGGGCGAGGCGUCUGAAACGCUCCAGCUGGUGUCCGCGGAUGCUCGGGUGUGCUGCAACUCCCCCACGCUGAACACACACACUCUGACGGUGAGCGUUCGCCCUGGCCGCAUCGCUCCGACCCUUCAGGAGAGUGUGGAAUAUCUUCUGCACUUUUUAGGCCACCUCCAUGCCAAGGGAGUUUCUGUCUUGGAGCUGCAGUUAGACUCACUCCACACUGCUGCUGAGUGUUGUGACGGUGCGAAAACAGACUUAACCUGUCAGGAGCGACUCCAGCAGCUCCACUCAACGUCAGAGUGCUUGCUUUCAGAAACCGGAGGGAGCAAAGAGGAGAGCAGCAACUCCAUCGUAGGUGAACUCGGCGAGACUUGUCACUCAGAGAAAGACGAAAGUUUACCUCCAGCAUCAGAAAUCCCUCCCCGGCAGCACAGCCUGGAACCGCAGGGGGACGGGGUGUGUCUCAGUUCAAACACUGAGGAAAAAGGCUGCCAAGGGGAGCAGGAAGGGAGGGUUGACUCCUGUCCCGGGUUGAAUUUGUGUGACAGGAGUGAAGGGGCACAGGGUAAGGCUGAAGGGGAAAGCGUCACUGUGGGAAAUGUCCCAGCAGAAAACUGCGGUAAACAGGCAGAGGAAGCUGUGAUCCGGGAAGAACAGGAGGCCGGGGAGGGAGAAGAGCAGGAAACGGGAGACGGCGCAGCCACGAGGGGAGAGGAGGAGGGCGGAUCACAGCACACGAUUCUGACAACAGCCAGCGGAGACUUCUCAGUCAUGGGCCAGUCUCCGUUGUCAGGGAGUUCUGAACUUUUAAACUCCCCUGAAUCAAAAACAAAGUUGAGAUCUCAAGAUGGAAAGAACAUUGAGGAAGAACAAACAGAACUUCCCCAAGAACCCUUUGAAGGGUUCAAUUCAGAUGAGGUGGAAAAAAAGGAGGUUGGGAGGGAAGAGUUAAUGGACCCCAUUUCAACCCCAAGAGACCUCCCCGACCUGUUGGCGAUAGCCUGCAGUGAUGUAAUUGAGCGACGUGAAUCUGCCGUUCCACUACUGCUGAUAGAAGGCCUCCGCGAGGGGGAACCUCCGCCAGACAUAAACAGCCAAGAACAAAACCAGGAAACAGCUGGUCAGGAUUACGCAGCCGAGCAGGAGCAGGGCUCCGGUCCAGAAGCUGCCCGUCAUUCUGGGACUGACACUGGAGCUGAGAGCAACAGCAAAGACGCAACCAAACUCCAGGAUUUCGCUCCAGACGAACCAAAGAGCUUCGAUUUUUGGGUUUUGAAUAGUGCCGAGGAGGAAACACGGACUGACCAGUCAUCACCAGGAAAUAUGCUCACUAAGAGGAAAGCUGACCAGGAUUCAGGCGUGGCACACCGUGUCUCUAGUGAUGACGAAGGAAGCUUUAGAUCUUUUGGAAGUUCUUCAACGGAAAUAUUCCACCCUACUGAGGAUAACAGCACCAUGCAGGAGGGAAAUCAAACUAUGAACAUAGAUAUAUCCUCAACCGGAUGUACCGAGGACUUAAAUGAUCUAUCACGCAGCGUAAACCAUGAACACUCACCAGGUGACGACAAUGAGCUUUUGUUGGACGCUGGUACCAUCAAUUCCCUGAACCCUUCAGUUGGUAGUAGAGAUGUGUUGGAGAAUGAAUCAGAGCUGCUAGAUGACUUUAAGACAAUGGAUUGCUUGAUUCUUGAAAGUUGUGAGGAACUGCUUAUAGAAUGUCCUGAACAGGAUUCAGUGUUGGAUCCAAUUCCUUUAGUCAGUGAGGAUGUCCCUACUUCAGAACCUGGCGAAAGUAACAACAAGCAGUCCUCCAACUCUCAUGCGAAUAUCGACAUCCAGGCUGAAUCAGAGGUCAAAGUCAACGGCCCCGUCGAAGACGAUCAGCAGACGGACGCCAGUGAUAAACCAGAGGGAGCAGAGAAGAGUAGGAAUGUACAAAUGCAGCCUGAACAGGAUGACUUAAAGGAGACUCAGGACACGGGGUCGACCGAGGGUCAGCUUGCCAUCUCAGCACAGGACAGCAAUCCUUCGUCAGACAUCGUAGAUGGUAUCCCUUUGGAACUGGAACCGCCUGCUGCUGUCGCCGAGUCAUCUGUGGACACUCCCGUCGAGGAUCAGAUGGCUGCCAACCCAGACUCUGCCGAUUCACUGCAUGGAGCGACAGAGAGCUGCGCGACUGCCGACCGAGAGGUGGAAGUCGACAAACCCAUUGACGCCGUGAGAUGCACAGGAGAGGAAGACAAUGGCCCAGGAGAGGGACCGGACGCCUCGACGAUCCACCGAGACAGAGAGGCGUCUUUCCACCACACUUGCAACCCUCAGCACUCAGAAUCCUCGACGUCUUCGGCGUUCCCCAGUUUACCCCGCAGAACCAGCAGUUCCACCAGCUGUCCGUCAUCCACUCACAGAGACUCUGGCAGUGACAUUGAAAGCCUCCUGAAUGCAGAGCCAGGAUAUGACAGCAUCUUCAGAAAGAACGACGAGCCGGUGACGGGAGGAGACAGCACCAGCGAGGUCUCCGUCUCUUGCUCCUCCACAGACGACACCGCCAGUGUCGGCCCGUCCAGCUCCAGUCCGGAGGGCAGCCAGGGCCUGAGCUGGAGCCCAGAGGAGGGUAUCCAGUCUGAGGCUACCAACACUGAAGGCCAGGAUCGUCCUGCUGUUGCUGGAGGAGGACCAGGAGGAGCAGGGGACGCUGAAGAAGAAGCAAAAGACAGAGUGAGUGAGGUGCCGCGGCGUUCCAGUCUCUUCAGGAGCAGCAAGCGCUCUCUGUCGCCGCUUCGCCGCCACAGCUGGGGUCCAGGGAAGAACAACGGAGGAGAAUCAGAGAUGAACCAGAGGAGCUCCAUCCGUAGCCCUGGUGAGGGGAAGCCGGCCUUUCACAGGAGAAGCUACAGCUUAGAAGGGCUCAGUGGGAUCCAGGAAGAGUUGAGGGGCUCCACCAUCCAGGAGCCCCGCGACCUUGAGCGCUCCAGGAUGCCCCGAUACAACAGCGACGACAGGGGCUCCCUGGUGUCUCUGACGGAAGAGCAGGAGGAGCGGGAGGAGGACAGCAGGCUGCAGGAAAAGAAAUUGCGGCGGUAUCGGCCGCUGAGGAACAGCUGUCCCUCAAUGACCCUUCCACUCACCAAGUCCGUUUCCAUGGUCACCAUCAGCCAUAAAGACAGCGAUGGCAUGAGGUUGUUUUCCAACCCCUCUGGGUCAGUAGCUUACAGUAUAUCGGAGGAAGAGCCGGGGCCUCUGCGGAGCGACACGGAGGGGAGGAACACGACCAAAGUCAGCCGGACCUUCAGCUACCUCAAGAACAAGAUGUACAAAAAGACGCGGGAAAAAGACAGAGACAAAAGGGACAAAGACAAAGAAACCAAGGAGAAGGACAAGAAGGCCGUGAACGGACACAUUUUCACGCCCGUCAGCUCGAACCAGUCCCUCCAGUGCUCCCAGUGCAAUAAAGCUUUCAAUGGCAAAGAGGUGUUCUGUUGUACAUACUGUAAUGCAUCCGUCCACAAGGGCUGCAGGGACAGCAUGCCUGUUUGUGCCAACGUGAAGAUGAAGUUGCCCAAACAGCAGUUUGCAGUGCCAGAUUCCAGCGCUCCAUGCUCUGUUCCUGGCGUCACAAUGAGGAACAAAGCUGGUGGGACGAGGGACCGUCCCAGGUCAGCCAUCUUGAGCCCCGAAGACAAUCUUCCUCUGAUGAUCCCAGGAUCACGGAGACACACCAGCAUUAUGACGUUCCCUGGAAACAAUCUGUCAAAGAGCCUCUCGAUUAGCAACAUCGCAGGACCAUUUGAUGACAUCCCCAUCAAAGGCCUGCGCUACCUUUCUCAGUCCACAGACUCACUCAACAGAACCAAUCAGGUCACUGAAUCCAUGGAGUCGCUCACUGAUGAAGGCACAGAGAUGAUGGACGCACAGCUCCUGGGGGAGUUCGAGGCGAACGCCAAAGAGUUCGAAGCAGACUCGUGGAGUCUGUGCGUGGAGCAGCAGUACCUGCAACAACAGAACAAAGAGCUGGUCAAGAGACAAGACGUCAUCUACGAGCUGAUGCAGACCGAGAUGCAUCACAUCCGGACUUUGCGCAUCAUGUCGGAGGUAUACAGCAAAGGCCUGCAAAAGGAGGUCCCGCUGGACCAGCACACGGUGGAGAAGAUGUUUCCGGUGCUGGACGACCUCCUGGACCUCCACUCGCAGCUCCUCCAGCGUCUCCUGGACCGAAAGAAGGAGAGCCAGCUGGAGGCGGGAGGCUCAGAGGGCGGCUUCGUCAUCAACAGGAUAGGAGACAUCCUGGUCAGCCAGUUCUCGGGAUCCAACGGCGAAAGUAUGAAGAGGGUUUACGGGAAAUUCUGCAGCCGCCACAACGAAGCCGUCAACGUCUACAAAGACCUCAUGAACAAAAACAAAAACUUUAAAACCUUCAUCAAAAAAAAGAGAAGUAGCAGCACUGUGCGGAGGCUUGAUGUCCCAGAAUGCAUCCUGCUGGUGACCCAGCGGAUCACAAAGUACCCUGUGCUGAUUCAGAGAAUGCUGUUGCACACUAAAGACACGUGCGAGGACUACGUUGAUCUGAGCGAGGCCAUCCGGUUGGUGAAGGAGGUGAUCGCCGCCGUCGACAGCAAGGUGAACGAGCACGAAAAGAAGCACCGCCUGAAGGAGUUCCACAGCCGCAUGGACAGCAAGUCCAUCAUGAUCCUGAAAAGCGGCCAGUUCUUCGCCAGGGAGGACCUGCUGAGGCGGAAGCUGAUCCACGACGGAGCGCUGCAGCUGAAGAACACACAGGGCAGACUUAAAGAUGUUCAAGCUCUCCUGCUGUCGGACGUUUUGGUCUUCCUUCAGGAGAAGGACCAGAAAUAUGUCUUUGCCAUGCUGGACCAGCGCUCCACGGUCAUCUCCCUCCAGAAGCUGAUCGUGCGGGAAGUCGCCAACAAGGAGCGCGGCCUCUUCCUCAUCACGGCGGGCACCGAGAAGCCGGAGAUGAUGGAGGUCCUGGCCAGCUCCAAGGAGGAACGCAACACCUGGAUGCAGCUCAUCCAGACCGCCAUGCAGUCAAUGGAGAAAGACGAGGACGAGGGGAUCCCCAGUGAGACGGAAGACGACAAAAGACAAUUAGAGAGCAAAGCCAAAGAGAUGAGAGAUAUGUUGAAGCAGAAAGAUACGGAGAUUAUGUCUCUGCUGGAGGAGAAGGUGCGGCUCUUCAGGGAGAUGUGGGAGGGCCUGAGCCCAGGCGAGGAGGCCUGCAGGCAGGUCGAGCCUUUCUUCAGGUCAGCCUGCAGCCAGGAGCCGCCUCAGGGGGCGUCCAUCAUGAAAGACGCCCUGCAGGAAGUGGAGACAUUGCAGGGACUGGUGAAUGGCAGCCUGGGGGGAGCGAUGGCCAGCGUGCACGAGGGAGGAGCCGCCGGGCCCGUGUCCCUGCCCCGUCGGGCCGAGACGUUCGGAGGCUUCGACAGUCACCAGAUGCACGGCGGCAAGAGUGGAGACAGAGACGAGAGCGAGGACGCGGUGGGAGACCUGCGCAGGACGGAGUCGGACAGCGUUUUGAAGAAGGGAGGAAACGCUAACCUGCUGCAGCUGCUGAAGAGGAACAGUGAGCAGGUCCUCCACAGCGUCUCCAACCUGCAUCUUCUGCUCAGCACUCUGCAGGCCGUGGUGGUCCAGCAGGACAGCUACAUCGAGGACCAGCGGCAGGCCCUGAGCGAGCGCUCCUCCUCGUGCUCGUCGCUGUCGCGCCAGUCGUCGCGGCCCAGCUCGCUGAUCGAGCAGGAGAAGCAGCGCAGCCUGGAGAAGCAGCGGCAGGAGCUGGCCUCCCUGCAGAGGCAGCAGGCCGCUCUGGCCGAGGAGAGGCGGAGGAGGGAGAGAGAGUGGGAGCUGAGGGAGCAGCAGCUCUCCGACAGAGAGUCCACGGUGCACCUGCAGGAGGAGGAGGUGCAGAAGCAGCACAAGCAGCUCGACGAGGAGAGGAAAGAGCUGCAGAGCAAGAAGGAAGAGUACCAAAGAGACCUGGAGAGGCUGAGAGACGCCCAGAGGAAGCUGGAGAAGGAGAGGGAGGCCGUGCAGCGGCAGAUCCACAGGAUGGAAGAGCUGCGGCUGACUGAGAGGACUCCCUCCACAACGUCCGACGAAUCCUUGUUCCUGGGCAGCUCCCAGUCUCUGGAGCUGGACCCCCUGGACCUCUCCUCCUCCUCGUCUUCGUCCUCCACCCUGCCCAGGCUGCAGCCCCAGCGCGCCAAGGCCAGCCGGAAGGGCCUGAACCCGUUCACCUCGUCGUCCUCCGGCAGCCUCAAGAGCUCCGAGGCCAACAGCCAGAUCUCCAAGGGCUUCCUGCAGCUGGCCAAGACCAAGAGCAAAGACGGGAAAAAGAAGAAGAAGAGCAAAGGCGGCAGCGCGCAGGCGGCAGACCCCCAGCAUGUCCCCGAGCCCCCCAUGGAUGGAGAGAUCUUCUUCUGCUAGGACUCUGCAGCGGCGGCGGCGGCUCCAUCGUCGCUCCCGACAACGCGGAGUCCACGUGUUCCUGCGCACUUUCUCAGUACGACAUGUAGCACAGACUGCGCCUCCGGUUGGAUUUUCGUUUAGAGGUGCAACCAAGAAGCCUUUUGUUUUGUUUUGUUCUUCGAGGCUGGUACCGCUUCUUAUGUUGGGCUCAUUCCCAGAUUCUUUAUGGAAUGUAAGCGAUGGAAGAAGUAAUAAAAACACACAAAAAACUAACCGUGCUGCAUAUUGAAUCCGAUAGAGAGAAACGACAAGAUGAGUCCAUCCAUUAUGCAUCAGAGCAUCUGUUCCAGCUUUAUUCAUCGGGACUUCGCUGUAGAAGAGCACCAGACUGGGAGAGACGUUCAAAAACCCAACAAAACAAUUGUUUUUUUUUUUUGUGGAAUUGAGGAAUUUAUGAAUAAGGAAAGAAGAAAAAAUUGGGGAUUUGACAUCACCAAUCAGAGCCAAUUAAAAGAACAUGGGACAAUUGCCACGACUGACCAAUUGAUCAAGGCAUCUGUACUAUCAAUUGAAAGUGAAAACCACUGAUUUCAUUCUGUCGUCUCCACAGGCCAGAAUCCUCUUGUUUCCAACGCGCACGAACGCCUCUUCAAAUCCAAACGCAAACUAAACCAAAAAUACCUUUUUUAUAACUCUAGUUUCUAGCAGAAAUAUCUCAGUGCACCUGAAGUAAGACAAACCUAACUCAUGAGUAACUUUCCAGCAGGAUAAAGAAACUUGUUUUAAGUAAUCUAUUCCUCAAUAUUGAUGAAAGAAGUGCCGGUUCCACUGGCAGGUUAUUUCACUAGUAACAUGGGAAAAAUGUCUUGUUCUAAGUUUAAUGAACUUGCUGAAAUGUUACUUGUGAGUUCGAUUAAUCUCAUUUUAUGUGCACUAAUAUAUUUCCACUAAAAACUAGACCAAAGUAACUUUGUGAGAUUUGGGUCUUUUUGCAGUGUGGGAACAGAUUAGUUUUUCGAUGCUGAUCACUUUCGUUAAUCGACGACUGAUCAAAAAAUUUAAAAAAACAAAAAAAAAACACUUAAAGGGCCUCGUGUUGUCCUGGCAACAUUCUUUUUUUUAUCACAAGGAGCUGCUGCCUCUGUGUUUCACUCCUAACCAAUCACAUCACACAUCACAACCACCUUCUUUUAUAUUUCGCUGCCGCCAGAUUGUAAGCUAAACGGACACGACAAACAGCGAGUGGAGUAAUCCGCGGCGGCUUUACGCCGUCCAUCACGGCCCCUGAUGAGGUUGUAAUUCAUUUAAAUUGGGGAUGUCUUCAUUUUGGAGUGAAACUCUUAAGACUCGGCUGUAAUGAAAGGAUGGAGACGCACGCUAUCUCUCCUUGUCAAACGGCUCAAUUCAUAUCCUUUUAGUGUGUUGUAGAACCUUGGAUGGAUAUUAGCUUGAUCCCGGCGUUAUCUGCCUGUCAAUGAGCUUUUAUGCAGCCCUCAUCUUUCAUCCGAGCCCAGACUACUGGAGGGGAGACAGCGGGGUGGGAGGGAGCUUUUACUUUUUGUGUUUUAAUUGCAUGUAACUCCGCAGGUAGCAUACUAAUGGCUGCUGGUAAAGCGUUUGCUCUGUUUUUAAAAAAAAAUGAUUUCUGCUUUUGGCUGUGAUUAGAAAGUCUGUAGUCGGAAGCUGCACAGCACAAAGUCUCUGGUCUAGUUUUUAGUACCGAUAUCUCAACACAUCUGGUGAGACAAAACGACCUUGCAAGUAACUUUUCAGCAAGUUCUAUUGCUUUAAGUCUAAUUCCUUAAUAUUGAUGAGAAAGUGCGAGUUCCACUGCCAGAUUAUGUCAGUGCUAGCACAUGCUAUAAGUGAAAUAAUCUGCCGAUGGAAGAAAUGGUUUUUCAUCAACUAGUUAUUGACCGACGUGCUGAGAUGUUUGCACUGGAGACCAGAUGGAAAUAACUUGGUAAGGUUUUGUGUUUAAAGCAGUGAAAGAAGGAAACACAAAAGCCACGAGUUGAUUCCACCGACUAAAGCUUCUCAUUUCAGAGUUCACUCUGUAUUUUUAAGCACUUUUUGGACCCAAAACAUUGAUGCAUCUUUUAUUUCAUAUCAAUAUUGAUUUUUUCUUUUCUUUUUAUUGUUUGUUUUUCAUUUCAAAUCCAGUUGAACAGCGAUCCAAAGAGACACCAUGUGUUCAAGUGUAUAAAAUAUGUAGUUUUUCCUGCAAACUGCACUGUUUGUUCCUCCAAACUAGAUUUGUAGGCUGUACUAUUUACCUGCUGGUCGGGUAGGAUGAAGAAAAAAACGACAAAGCAUGAAGUUGUGACAACACAAACAGCCAGUGUUGCCGUAUCGGAGUCACCGCCACGCUUUCCUCUUGCUCGGUGCUUGUUUGCCUGCGUUUGGGCCUGGAGUUGCUGUGGGACGUCCCGUAACGGUUCCCGCCAAUUAUCUGCUUCACGUCUUUUUUGUUUAUGGAUUUCUGUCGCAGAAACAGAAAGAAAAGGGCUUUUAUCUUUUCUUCUUUCUUCCUAAUGUGUGUGGGUUUUUUUUAUUUUCUACCACUAGGGAGCACCGUGCCGCCUCCCUCCAUCCGGGAAACCAAAACAAACAGAAAAGUACAAACCCCGCUCCUCUCCCCCGCGGCGGGAAAUUGACUUGCUUCUUUUGUUGUUGUCGUUUCUCGGCGGGUCAUCGGCCUACGGCGGGUAAUGUGACGAGCGUGGGCCCUCGCGCUCCGUGACAUUUUCUCCCCGCGGCAUUUGUAACUGACUGAAAGAACAAAUAAGUUGUCAGAUCCUAACAGGUGACUCAGCGCAGGCGGUCGGCUGCAGCUUUAAUGUUGGGAGAGUGCGGCGGCGGGGGGAGGGCGUGCCAGAGACAAUCAGCAGACGCAGUUCAGGAAAAUGAGCUUCCUCCUCCUCCACCACCACGGCCGUGAUGAUGACGACGAUGAUGAUGUGUGUGUGGGUGCAUCAGGUGAAGCCCGCGUAGCCUUAAAAAUCUUGACGAUAAAAUGCACUAGAGUAGAAGCCAGCGUCUUCUCAGGACAGAGGAGAGCUUUUAUACCUCUGCUUUCAAUCGAAGGAAAUGUUUGUACUAGAGAAAUGGUACACUAUUCAUUCUCAGCAUUGUAAAAACAAAAGAAAAGGGCAAAACUGUAAAUAUGAUCGAUGUAUAAAUAAAAACCAAUCGACUGUACAAAAACGAAACAAAAAAAUCAACAAAAACAAAAAAAAUAGUUUGAUUUGUGAUUUAUUGCAACAUUUUGUAAGAAUAUUUUAUUUAUGACUACCCUAGUCUGUGGGGUAGUGAAAAAUGUAAAAGCAUAUUUCACAAUAAUAAUAAUAAUAAAAGGUUCAUAACACAGUGAA